AUGUCGAGAAUCUUUAUCACCGGUGCAUCGGGGUACAUUGGCGGGCAAGUCUUGCACGACUUGGUCGCCGCGCGACUUGACGUGCGAGUCCGCGCCUUGGUUCGCAGUGAACAAAGCGCGAAAGCGAUAUCUGCGGCCUUCCCAAGCGUCGAGACAGUCUCCGGCGACCUUGACAAUGCGGCCGUUAUAACGAAGGAGGUGAAGCAGGCAGACAUUGUACUUCACCUUGCUGCAACGGGGCAUCUCAAGAGUGUGCAGACAAUUCACGAAGCGUUGCAGGCGAGAUCGGCAGACAACCCGGCGUACUGGUUACAGAUCUCUGGAGCCAGCGCCCUGGCCGCCGGCGAGCUCGCCGAUGCCUCCUACGUCCCAGGGUCACCCAGCGACGCUAUUUUCGAUGACCUCGACGGCGUGUCGGACAUCAUCGCCGUCAUCAAGGCUCACGCCUCCCGCGCAGUCGACAACUAUGUGCUCGAUGUCGCCGCAAGCAGCCCGCAGGUAAACACGGCUCUCGUUUUCCCCGGCAUCAUCUACGGCCAAGGUCAAGGUCCCGUCAACCAGAGAAGCAUCCAGAUUCCGAACCUGGCGAAGGCGGUGAUCCAGAGAGGGCGGGGCGUUCAGGUCGGCCAGGGCCUGAGCCGCUGGGCAGACGUCCACGUACAGGACGCUGGGUCGCUCUUUGUUGCGCUCGUUGAAAAGGCGCUCGCCCACGCCGAAGCAAAUUCGCAGCUGUGGAAUACGAAUGGGUUGUAUUUGACGGGAGUCGGCGAGCUGCCAUUCAGCGAGAUAUCGAGCCGCGUCGCCAGCUCAGCCGCCUCCAAGGGCUACAUACCCGACGGCAAGGCCGUCGAUCAGGUGACCGGUGACGAAGCUGACAAGGCAUUGUCGCAUGGUCGCGUACUGUACGGAACGAAUGCUAGAGGUUCAGCAAGGCGGGCAAGGGAGCUGCUUGGCUGGAGCCCGCGAUUCGGCAAGACGGGUCUGGAAGAAGAGAUUCCGCGAGCUGUCGACGAGGCGGCCAAGUCUUUAGGCAAGGCUUGA